GCGUAUUUCACGUUUAUGUUGCGUUUUAUAGUUUAUUCUUUUUCUUUCAGUUCAGUUGAGUUUCGCGAUCGGGUUGAGCGUGACGCGUAACGGCUUUAAUUAAAAUUAAAAUUACAUUAUUUUAACGGUUAUUGUGAUGCCGCAAUGAUGCGGUUCAAAGACAGUUUCGAAUGGGGGAUCACGAGUAAGUGUUCAUCUCGACGAGCCUCGCAAAUUUCUGAUACGCACGUUUACACGUUCAUACGUCCAUAUCCGGUGAAUAUUUGGGACAAUAUGGCGGAUAUAUCACAGGACCGGAAGUUGACGUAGGCAACCCUGGUGUGAUCGUAUCUCGUCGUCGGCGUGUGAUGCAAACUUUAAAACGCAGCAUUAACCGAUGUAUCGCCUAGGCUUUGCGGUUCUCCUGUGUCUCUCCGUAUGGCUGGGCGCACCCUCACCCUCCGACGGGCAGCUUGCCUGGACGCCUAUCUACGUGGACGGAAAAAGCCAAGUGGACUUGUGGACGCAGCAGGCGAAGGGGUGUGCCUGUCCAUGGGAGGGUGGCAGUACCCAGUGUGCGUGCUGUGUUGCCGACGGCGGCUGCCAUUGCGGCAAGGAGUCGCCGAAUCGAUGCACACAAUGUGGACUCGAGCAGUACUGCAAUCACAUGUGUAAUCUGACGAUAACAUCGACGGAAUUGUACGAGAAAUCAGGGAAAUAUUUCGGCCAGAUAAAAUCACCCUCGUUGGAGGGGCCCAAUGCCUGCUACUACACCUUCGUGCCGCAGCCAUUCCAGCGCAUCGAGAUCCAGAUUUACCGGCUCGUCAAUACGGGCCGCUUCAACGGUACCAGCUGUGUCGGCGGCCAUCUUCUGCUUAUGAGCGGCACGGAACCAGUGUAUUCCGCGCAUGAGAAUCAACUCUGCAGUCAGAAUGAACGCUACUCGCCGCCAGUCGUCUUUUUUUCGGACGACGGUGUCGCCACCUUACUUUUUGAGGUAACGGAGAAGACUCGCCGCUCGCAAUUUCUGGCGUACUUUAGUUUCUCUUCGCUGAACAGCACUGAUGGUCUUGGCUUCCCGCAACGCGGCGGGAUGCGACUGCAGAACACAGAUUGCGACUGGUUGUAUCAGGACUUUGCAUGCGAGAAAGCAGGUCACUGUGUGUUGGCUAGUCCCGGCUAUCCCGGCGUCUACCCGCCGCACCGGCAAUGCAAAUACCACAUAACGACCGGAAGCGACAGCACGCUCGUGCGGAUCACGUUCACCGCCAUGCUGCUGCCGCGCGACCGAUGCUCCACUGAUUACAUCGCAGUGUACAAGGGUACCACCACGUCCUCGCCGCAGCUCGAGACGCUCUGCGGCAACGGGCGCAAGAAAAUCGAGUUCACCGGGUCUAAUCUUUUAAUAGAAUUUCGCACGGGCCCGCAAACGCCGCCGUUCGAGUACAACGGCUUCGUCGCUCAAUUAGCAUUCCUGGCGGAGAAGAAAACAACCACAGAGCCGGCCGCGACGCUGCCACCGGCGCCGCCACCGCCGCUCGUAACUCACGAACGGAUAUCUCCAUCAAACAUCUUAGCCAACGAAACGGGACCACCUGGCGCGAACUUCACCGGAUGUGACAUAUUAAUAUCCGGUAAUAAUACGCGCAAUGGUCAUUUCGAUACGCGCGAAUACGAUUGGUUCCCAAUCUGUCGCAUCACCUUCCAGGGACGGCCUACAGAUGUCGUACACAUUUCAUUCUUCAACUUUCGCUUGAGGGCUCCAUCGUGCAAGACUCAAGUGGAGGUCUUUGAUGGCUCGCUGGAAAUACGAAAGAAUUUGCUGGAGAAAUUAUGCAGUCCCCAAAUUAAACAAGCGCGGGAUCCGGAUGACUUAGAGACGAAGAAACUGCUCUCGUCAAAGAAUGAGAUGGUGUUGUUUUUCAUGCGACCCACCGCACCAGUCACCACCAACGAUGCAGAAUUUUUAGCAGGGAGGUUUUAUUUCCACGAUGAACAAGUCAGUGGGACGGUGCAACCAACUGGGAUGUGUGAUGUUAUCUAUAGGGGUCACACCAGUCCCCUGGCGGGACAAAUUGAAAACCCUAGCACACAGCAUCUCUACUGGAACAUGGAGGGUCCAUUACUCUGUACCCAGAAGUACAUACCAUCAGCUAAUCAAAGUAUUACUUUGAAAGUAACUGCUUUGGAGUUGAUGUCUAAGGAACCGCUGUGUUUCACACAAUGCGGGGAUAAUGGCUGCCGAUGUGUGACCGGAAGUCCCAUGAACAAAAUUGAUCAUGUAAUUAUCGUCGAUGAGGAGGAUGUUAAAGUGGCCUGCCUUUGUGGUUAUCAAUAUGAAUGGUUGCCUGUAAGUGUGAGGUCCUGGGGACCACUUACACUUGUCUAUUCGGUUGCUCAUUACACCUGGAAGAAGAAGGGUUUCGGAAUGACUGCUUCCUACUCUUUCAAUUCUGACACCAUAUGUGGGGAACAAGUUUACACUCUCCACACGGGUGAAAUAGCGUUGAAGAAUCUCACUCCCGCCGAGAAUCUGAAUCAUUUUUACGAGCAGGGAUGUUCGUGGACGCUGCACUCGAAUGUGGAGCGACAGCUCGAGCUCGACAUCAGCUCGAAACAGAAUCGUCCCUGCACUGCGUGGAACAUCAGCAUUCACGAAUAUGCCGCUAAUGCCAACAGUAAACACCUUGGCGAAGUGCUGCACACCUUCUGUUCGCGUGAAACACACAAGGUGUUCCUGUUACCGUGGAAAGUCUCCACCGUGAUAGUUCGAUUGAGGACAUUAAGCAGAACUCUGCCAUCGUUCAACAUCAAGUGGAAGUCUCAAGCGUACCGCACCAGGGAAAACACACGUUUUAUAGCGCCUACACCGGCGUCCAGCUCAAAAACAACCGCGAAUUUCUUGUACACCGCCAUUUUGUUACUGCUCACACGUAGCUGAACGCUGACAGUCCGACAUUCAACGACACACUACAACGAGCUGCUGCCCACUAGUCACUAGGUACAUAUUACAUAACAAAAUGGCUGAUUAUUUACCUGCGGCCAUUUUGAUUCACACAAAACUCACCACAGAACAGUAUUAUAAAAGAGAAGGAUACUUUCACGCACAUUCUAAGCAUAAGCAUACGCAUACAAUUAGAUAAAAACAAAAACAAUGUGCACCUUAUUACCUUGAAGUGAGUGUGUGUGGUACUGAAAUCAAUUCUGAAUGAAUUUACACAUAAUGUCCAUUUUAUACACACAUCCUAUUAGCUGUAAAACCGUGUUCAGCAGGAUAGUUUCGGUUUGGCAUGUUUUGAAGGAUAUCACUCACUCCAGAGCCUAUAUUGACAGAUAAGUACGAGUUGGAAACAUCUGUCGGACGAAAGCUAGUCGUUAUUAAUUAAUUAGUGAAGGACCUUAAUUCUUGCUAGUCAUCUAUCUGUGAUAUACGUAAAUUAAUUCGGUGAAGAAAUACAACAAACUAAUUAAAAUAAAAACUAAACUAAUAUGACAACCACAUGCGAUGGAAAUUCAACAAGAAUGAAAUUAUUAUUAUGAAAUUGUUGAAUAUUUAAUUCUAGUCAUGUAUGGAGGGAAUCUUAAUGAAACACAUUGAAGACAUCAAUGAAUACAUUAGUCUCCAUUUUUGAAAUUGUUACAUGUUACCCACUUUGGAAGCUGCUGAUGGCAGCUACGCUCUUACAUAAAGAAAAACUCUUUCAUUGCGAUAUGGCUACUCUUGUACAGAUGAUAAAUUGAUAAAAACACCUCAAUAGAGAAGUUUGUUGUUACAUGUGUUUGGAUGAAUAAUGUAUACUGAUUGUGAGUCAAUAAGCAAAAGACAGAAAUGCAUACAACCCAACGAUAACAAUAAGCGCUGCUUAACAUAUCUUUUAGUGCAAGAUUUGUCUAUAAUUAAGCUUGCUACUAGCAAAUUCAUUUUGUUUUUUUGGUUUUAUUACAAUUGAUUACUAACCAACAACCAGCAGGGGUGAUGUAUGUAGAUUUGCUGUGUACUAAAGUAAAUCGAUGUUAAGUAAGCUGUUUUGGAUAAUAGACGGUAGAUUAGCGAAAUAUGCAGCAACAUAGCUUCAACACCGUUCUAGAAGAACCGAUAAUUGCGAUCUUUUUGAAUCAUGUUAUUUGUAUAUAUCCUAAUAUUUCGUUUGUACAUUACAUAUUUAUGUAAAACAACAUUUGUUAGUUUUUAUUAAAUAAAUCCAUAUAAUUCCCAAGAA